CACUUGGCAGCUCUGCUCCCCUGCCCCGUGGAAAGGCUGGGAAGAGUCCAAUAGCUGUGGAGAAGAAGAACGGCGAACCCAGCUGCCAGGGAGGAACAGAAGACCCCGAGAAACGAGGCGGGGUCCCUCAGAGAGAGGGGGGCGUGGGCAGCAGCGUCCCUGGAUCGUCGCGCGUAGGUUUGCCUUCCAGUUUCAAACUAAAGGACCUCUCUCUGUCUCUCUCUCUCUCUCUUUCUCCCAGCUCUACCCAACUGCCUCCUGUUGCUGCCUCAGUUUCCUCAGGCAUGGUGCUGCUCGCCUGGAACACUUUUAUAAUUCUUUUCUGGCUGCCCCUUGUUGCAGGUGGAUUUCCCGAAAAUGUCAGCUCACGAGGUCGUAGGCAGCUCCUAACCAUGAAUCUACCUGGAGUCUGCCGCUAUGGCUCCAAGCUUGACUGCUGCUAUGGCUGGAAAAGGAAUAGCAAAGGGCACUGUGAAGCUACUUGUGAACAUGGGUGCAAAUAUGGUGAAUGUAUGAUGCCAAACAAAUGUAAAUGUUUUCCUGGAUUCACAGGCAAAACCUGCAGCCAAGAUCUCAAUGAAUGCGGAUUGAAGCCACAUCCUUGUGAGCACAGAUGUAUGAACACGCAUGGCAGCUACAAGUGCUAUUGUCUCAAUGGGUACAUGCUCAUGCCCGACGGCACCUGCGCAAAUUCCAGGAGCUGCGCCAUGGUGAAUUGUCAAUAUGGCUGUGAGGAAGUGAAAGAUGACGUGCGAUGCUUGUGUCCAUCGAUCGGACUUCAGUUAGCGCCAAAUGGAAAAACAUGCAUAGAUAUUAAUGAGUGCUCCAGUGGGAAAGCUGUUUGCUCUUUCAACCGCAGAUGUGUCAACACAUUUGGAAGUUACUAUUGCAAGUGUCAAAUUGGAUAUGAACUGAAAUAUGUGAGUGGCCGAUAUGACUGUGUAGAUAUAAAUGAAUGUACUACAACUAUACCUAAGUGUAACUUCCACGCAGAGUGCCUCAAUACUCAGGGAUCCUUCAAGUGCAAAUGCAAACCAGGCUACAGGGGCAAUGGAUAUGAAUGCUCUGUUAUUCAUGAAAACUAUGUGAAAGACAUUCCCAGAAUCUCUGGAGUUGCCAAAGAGAAGCUCAAGAAGCUGCUUGUGCACAAAAACAGUGUGAAGAAGCAUGGAGACAUAAAAAAUGUGAUCCCAGAACCGCCUGUGACCCCAGCUUCUAAAGUUCACGUAAGGCCGUUAGAUUACGAAGACGGUGUGCACACAGAAGGUGCCUAUGGCGAACAGGGGGGAAGUACUGAAGAUGUCAGAAGAGAAGGGAAAAUAGAAGAGGAAGAGGAAGUUGAGAAAGGAGGAGACAGGGAAGACCUUGAAAACCAAACUGGUCAUGAGAAGAAACUUCGAGGAGAUGUGUUUUCUAAAGAAGCUGCUGCGUUUGGGCCUCUCCCAGCACAAAGGAAACUUCCAGUACAAAGAGCAGAGCUGGAAGUGGACUGCAGCUUUGGGCAAGGGUCUUGUGCCUGGCAGCAAGAUAUAAAUGAUGACUUUGACUGGAAUCCUGCAGAUCAUGAUAAUGGUGAUGGAUAUUACAUGAUGGUGCCGGGGUUCGUGGGUCACAAGAAGGAUGUUGGUCGUUUGAAACUUCUUCUCACUGAUCUUGAGCCAAAAAGCAUAUAUUGUCUGAUUUUUAGUUACCGACUUGCAGGAGAAAGAGUAGGGAAACUACAUGUGAUCCUAGGCAGCAGCAGCAGCAGUCCUUCCUGGUCACAGAGUGUGGGAGAUGAUGAACAGUGGAGGACUGGACAAAUGGAAGUCCACACAGCGGCUGAAACAACUAUGAAUAUCGCUUUUGAGGCAGAACGUGGAAAAGGUAAAACUGGAGAAAUUGGAGUGGACAAUGUUACACUGUUUUCUGGUCUGUGUCCUGAAGACCAUUUGACAUUGGAUAUCUGAGCUUACUAUUUUAAAUACUAUUAUAUUAUUUGUUGUACUGGUCCAGAAUUUUGUAUCCUUGUGAGCUAGAUAAAGUGCAAAUCUGGAAACCAAACUUCAUUGCAGACAGAUAAACCGACAGGUACAAAAAUGUCUCCAGUUAGAUACUACAUUUGUAUAUAAAAUAUACUAAACUUUGGUUUGUGUGUAGCUCUACUGUAUUAUAUCAUUUGUGGUCAGGGUCUUAUAUAAUGUGAAAAUAUUUUGCCUAGAUUUCCUGCAAAGAAAAAAAGAAGUGUUUUACAUAUAAUUUCUUUGAAAGAAAAUGCCUAUUGUUGUAUAUUCCCCAAGUUCUCCUGCAGGAAUGUGAAACAGGAUCUUCAAAAGGAUAUGCCAUUUCUUGUAACACUUAGGACUCCUACAGUUUGCUACAGCUCUGUGGGUACCCUGGUGUAUGCCUGGUGGUUGCUGCAGUAAAUAAGUAAAGCAUAAAAGAGAGAUACAUGUCUCCAAAGACACAUGGAUGUAUUGGCCAGAUGACCUGAUGAGUAUCUAUCUGCUCACCACACUUUAAAUGUUAACUGACACAAACACCAUUAAUAUUUGUCUGGACUCUGGAAUCAUUUUUCUGCCUAAAUAUCGCAACUGUUUGAAUCCCCCCACCCCAAAUAAAUAGUCAGCUUCUCUACUUCCCUUGUAAAUCCAACUACAGCUAUUUUUAAAGAUGCUUUUUU